GCUGGGGGUCACGGCCUGCAACCCAGGCAUGUACCCUGACUGGGAAUCGAGCCUGCGACACUUUGGUUCACAGCCCAAGCUCAAUCCACUGAGCUACACCAGCCAGGGCACUUUUCUUUGAUUUCAUCUUCAAAUUUGCAUUCAUUUGGGGUUCCAGCAUAGAAACAGUGGGGCGGCCCAGAGACGCCGACAGUUCGCACUCCCCUGCCCCUGUGGUCGGCCGUCGUGACACCUGGCAAGUGGGGAGCGGCCCUCGCCCUGCCGUCCAGCAGCAUCACCAGAGGGUGUCAUAGGCACACCGCCAGCCCGGGAAGAGAUCGAAAUUCAGAAUUUCAAGUUCGGUUUCCCCUGAACGCGUGUCAGUUUUGCACCGUCGUACAGCCGGAACCCAGAGCCGAAUCACUGCGCACGAAGCAGUGCAGGCCAUCGGCAGGAAGAAGGAUCAGGUGCCGGGCAGUGUGGCCUCCAGGUGAGUGCAGGCAGGUGAUGCAGGGACGUGUCCACAGCAGAUUUACGGGUCAGGGAGAGUCGUCCCUUCCUGCCGCUGAACAGGGCACAGCUGUGUCCACUGGGCCAGCCACGGGCCUCUGUCCUUCCCAGCACCGCCACGCCGGCCCCGCCAGCCCCGCCGGCCCGGAGACUCUUUCCCCGCUGGCCUCCACACCCAUUCACUCACGUUCACCGGAGAGGAAGUUCACACUGAGCCGGGCCCUGUCGGACCCUCGCUGACUCCCGGACUCAGACCCUCCUACUUUUGGGGUUUGCCUAAAACCACCCCAACGGAUUCACGCAGCAGGGGGGGCAUGAAGACAUUCUAAUAAGGGCUUGCAUAAGGGAGCUGGCCCACCCAAGGCUUCAGACAGCAGCCCGCCGUUCCUGCCGGAGCCGGGGAGGUGCUGUGGAUUCUGCGAAUGUGCUUGUGUGUGGCUCGCGGAGUUCCUCAGCCUGCCGGGCGGUUCCGAGGGCAGUCGCUUCAGAGCUGAGCGGGGCCUCGGUGCGCGUCUAUUACAAACGCAUCAGCCGCACGCGUGGCCCAUCUUCCCCCUCACUGCGCGCAGCGGGGGCGAUGGAAACGCGGCGUUUCAAAGCCCCCAGCAAACUGCAGCAAAGGAUCAGUGUAAGAUCACCGUCUCUGCCCGGGGUUCCUCUCUCAAAGGCGGGCAGCGGCGCCCGGGGGGAGCGCGGGCCUGUCAGACAAGCCCGUUCACGCUCGCGCUGCCGCUGUCGUUGGCCGGGCGGGCUGGCGAUGGGGAGUGCGGAUGAGAAACCCGCCACGUGCGGUGCCACCGAGAAACCUCCUCGGGGCCAGCGCGGGGCCAGCGCGGGGCCAGCGCCGCCCCCGCUCUGCCCUCUGCGCGGGUGGCGGCGGGGGGCUCCGACCGACACAGAUGUCACGGGACCUUGGAUUUCGGCACCGGAGAGACUCGGAACCCAAAGCCCGCGAGGAGCCGCAUCUGUGAGCCCCGAAGAAAGGGCAGGGCGCCCAGAGGUGACAGUGAGAGCCUUGGCUUUCCACAGAGCAGGCCGAGACAGCCCCAGCGCAGACAGGUUGGCUGCAGUCCUGGGACUCGCCGCAGCGGCGGCUGCAGCCCAGAGAUUCAUCCAGAAAGAAAACAAUGAGCCUCCUUCUCCCUGGAGCCCUCGGUCCUCCUGUUUGUGCUCGUUCUGGGCCCUUGCUUCCCCCGGUGGCUGGGGCCCGGGAGAGGGUGUGCCCCUCUGCAGCGGGGAGCCGCACGGGCCCAAGAGAAACGCAGGCAAAUCUGUGAACUGCGAGCUACCGACGGCCCACGCCGACAGCCCACCCAGACAGCCCACCCACUGCAGCCCGCUCUCCAGCUACAGGGGGCGCGCAGAAGCUGCUGGGCUCCGUCACAGCUCUCGGGGAAGGCGGGGGGCAGCUGACUUCUGGACUCUGCCCCUGCUCCCAGGGCUGAGGAAGGAGGCCUCCAUAACCCCACCUGCCAGGGGACUGGGAGGUGCACCACCCCUGGAGAUAAGAGGUCACACCAUAUAGGACAGAUUCAGAUUUUGCUGUUUCAGCUCACAUCCAUUGCGCUACCUGGGGUUACCUCUUCCUUUGACCACCCCUAAGCAUCCUGACAGGUAGGUCAUCAACUCUAAUUUAUGGGCAAGGCCACUGAAUCUCACGAAGGUUAAUUGACCUGCCCCAAUUCACACGCCUAGGCAGUGGCCAAGCCAGGAGUCAAGUCCAGGGGCUUCUGCAGAAGGCAUUCACCUGGCUGCUUCAGAGGUGGCGGCUCCCACACACCUGGGGGUGUCUUGUGGCCGCUUUCACCUUUCACCCCCGUGGUGUCACCCCUUCAGAUACAGAUUUUCCCCAUCGUUCUGGUCUUUAUGUCCUGCCACCCAUUUGCUCACGAAUAAACCAGAUUUUAAAGCAGCUGCAAAUACCUGGCAACCAUAAAACCUGAUUUGCGUCUUGUUCAAAAUACCCAAAAUGAAACAGGUGCGGGAGCCCUGCAGAUUCCCAUGUGGCAGGCGGUACAGGUGAGGGUUCCUUGAGGCUCCACCCACCACCUCUUGUGCAAUAGGCCCCACUACCCACAGGGACAGUCGUCGUCACCGUCGUCACCAUCACCAUCGUUACCGCUGAUUUCACACCUGCGCGCUGCUCGUGACCCCUGGCUAAUUGGGGCUCACCUGGGCCGGGGCCCACCCCUGCUGUCUGUCCUCCACGUGGCUCACCACAGCCUCCCCCACGCACACCGCUCCCUGGGGAGCUCCCCCAGGGACCCUUUCCGGCGGCAUCCUUACACAGCUGCCCCCCUGUCCCAGUUGUUUUUCGAGAAGCAGUCCCCAGGGUUUCGCUCAGGCAGACUCCAACUUGACCCUGCCAUGUUGAUCUGUUCACAUCCACCUCCCUCGGGAAAGGGGUGCCAAGCCCCGGGGGCCCAGGGGUGGGUCCUGGCAGCCUCCCAGCCUCUGCAGCUCGUCACCUGGCGCCUUCCACCUGGCCACAUGUUCGGACACGC